CUGCGCAGCCAAUCAGGAGCUGAAUCGAAUUCUAACCAAUAAAAGUCGGGCACAGGCGAGUUAUGACGUUUUGCUGUGUUCUGGCCAAUGAAAGUAGGCAACGGGAAUGCUGCUCAUUUGCAAGAGGGUGCUAUAAAGAUGUGGCCCCCGAAUCAGUACACUGUGCUGCUUUCUCUGGUUUCGUCUUUGUUGUGUUUGCCGUCUGUGAGACAGGAGCUUGCUGGGAUGCCUGAGCCAGCUAAGUCCGCUCCUGCGCCCAAAAAGGGCUCCAAGAAGGCGGUGACCAAGACCCAGAAGAAGGGCGACAAGAAGCGCAAGAAGAGCCGCAAGGAGAGCUACUCUAUCUACGUGUACAAGGUGCUGAAGCAGGUGCACCCUGACACUGGCAUCUCCUCCAAGGCCAUGGGCAUCAUGAACUCUUUCGUCAACGACAUUUUCGAGCGCAUUGCCGGCGAGGCCUCGCGCCUGGCACACUACAACAAACGCUCUACCAUCACCUCUCGGGAGAUCCAGACAGCUGUACGGCUCCUGCUGCCAGGUGAGCUGGCUAAGCAUGCAGUUUCUGAGGGCACCAAGGCUGUCACCAAGUACACCAGCUCCAAGUAAAAUCUCAGACCGACAGUCUUAAUCCAAAGGUUCUUUUAAGAGCCACCCACAUUUUCAAUAAAAGGGCUGUUCAGUCAAGUUAGCCUUU